CCCGGUGUCUCCCAGGGGUGUGGCUAUGGAUUGCCUGCUGACACCCCCACCCCCGAUCGAUAACUUUUACCGGAGGGCGUGAAAGUCUUGGGCCCGCCUGUCAGAUUGGCUCUGGCGCUGACACCGGUGACCCUGCUGGAGGUUAGAGACAAGCUGCGCGCUUUGCGAAAGCACUAAUUCGGCUGAAUAGACAAACAUCAACGCCGGUCCCACCGCAGUUUGUUAAAAUUCAGCCUGGUUUGAGCGCAUAAGACGGUCACAGCGCCUGCUGGUUAUAAGCGCUCCACGGGACUGGUGAUUUCCGUAGGGACUCACACCUGCCCCACUUCCUCCUCAUUUGUCUCUAAUGUACUGAAGGGAGUUUUGGGGAUAACGCCAUGUUUAAUCCCGCAUGCAACCCAUUUAAAACAAAAAUUAAACAGAACCGUCAUUAAGUGUGUAAGUGUAGCGGUUAUUUUCGAUAAUGAAGAGAAUGGAACAGGAGAACAUUACUGACUUCAAAGCUAUCAGAGCCAAGUUUCAAGAAGAGAUCACCUUGAACCAGUACAGGAGAAAACCGAUGGUCCCUGAAAAGCCCAGACAGGUUCCACUACCACCCGGAGCUUGUCCGUCUCACCUGAGCACCAUCGCUGUGGAGAUUGAGAGCAACUCGUCAGUCCUGCCUAGAGCAAAGAAACACGGCAAGCGACCAGUCUCCUACCCACUGCCCCUGCCGCCCUGUACGCCUUCCCUCUUCAGCGGCAAGACGGCAGAAAAGGAACAGAGCACAAGGCAAACAUCAAAGGACAAGCGAUUGUCUCUUGGGCUUCCUGUACCAGGAAAAGAGCAGAAGGUCACCUUGGGUCUGCCUUCGAGCAGCUGCCUGCCGCCUGGCCAACCUGAGAUGGUGAUGUCCGCAGAAAAUGACGUUAAGUCGACAUCUCCAAAAACCAGUGGGAUCUCCCUCGAUACCAGCUCUCGAUCAAAGUCUCCCAGUAACAGUCCAGAAAUGACAUCCGGUUCUCCAUCUCCCAGAGGCAGAGGCUGCCUCUAUUCCCGGAGCACAUCUGCACCUAGUGUUUGUAGCGCUUUCGAAGACACUUCGGUUAGACACUCUACCCUCUCCAGCGAAGAAAGUGCUCAGGGUGUUAAUGUGGGAUCCCCGGAAGCCAGCAGCCCUCCAUGGCUCCCCUUGAAGGUAUCUCCCAAACUCUCUCCCAUGGGCUGCGAGAACCCGAAGGCAGAAGCUCCUCCUCAAAAACCCAAAAGUAUUUCUCAGGCCACCAGUGUCUCUGCCUUAGCUGCCAAGCUCAAUAUAGCCUCACACUGGAAGAUGCCGCACAUACGCAAGAACGGUGCAGAUUGGAAGACAAACUGUUUGCGACUGGGGCAUCGCGCUGAGACUGGUCCAGCUAAGAUACCUCUUCCCGGGUUACAGUCCCUGGGUCCCCCGCCGGAAAAACCACCCAGACCCCAUUUAGUGGAUCUCAGCCACUGCUGGGCCUUAUUUGGAAAGGAUCAACAUGAAAUUGGCUUUUUUGGGGUGCUUGAAUCUAUUGAUUUUGAAGGCCAAGCUCCUGAAUAUCCAGUGCCCCCGAAGCCUCAAGAUCUGGUGUGUCCAGAACUUUCAGGAAUUUUCAAUGUGGCUUUUAAUGCCCUAGAGUCCCAGUCCAUUGGUUCUGGGGACCAGAGCCUUCAUGCCACAGACCUUGAACCUAGAGAGCCAAAGUCAGCAGUUCUAGAGGCGCUGGGGUUGUGGACCAAGGAAUCUACACCUGCUUUGGACCCUCCAGACCAGGCUCCUCCAGCUCAGAAUUUUGCUUGUAUCACAGAACGUCAACACAAAGACGGAAAGCCAUUAGCUGGUCUUGGCUCUGAAAGACACAGUGAAAAUGCAGACGUCUAUGAAGAUGUUGAGAUCACAAACAAGCUUCGCCGCGGGCAGAAUACAUGGCGACGUAAAGUCAUUCCAAAAAAUCCGUACGCUGAUACUGACUUGAUGGGUGAAGAUUCGCGUAAGAGCGCAUGGUUUCACAACCCAUGCAGCAACGGGCGCAAGGAGAAUCGAGAGAGCAAUGAGGACAGAGAGCAGAAGAAACGAGAGAAAAAGGAGCGGCGGGAGAGGGAGAAGAAGGAGAACGAGAUGAGAAGGAAGUUCAAAAUAACUGGGCAGGAGGAGCCCAUGUACAAGGCCACGGUGACAGUCGCCAGCAAGGGCCGAAAGGGUGACCUUCCCGUACAGACCGGAGACGUCGUCAGCAUCAUCCGCACCACUGACUGUCCCAAAGGGAAGUGGCUGGCGAGGGACGAUGACCAUAAGUAUGGCUACAUCCCUGUGAUGAACGUGGAGCUGGACAUCAAGGAGAUGCUGGAGCUUGGAAAGAGGGCUUCCCAGGCAGCGGGGCGCCCCGCCGUCGAUGGGGACACCUUCAGCGACGGGAGCAGGUCUUCUAACCAAUGUCCUGCUCACAGUAGCAGCUUUACAGACAGUGAGGAAUGGACGUGUGACGAGGAAUCGAUCUUGUCUCCUUCCGAUGUGCGGUUGCAGAGUCAAAAUGUUUCCAUGGCUGAAAUGUGCUAUGCGAACGGCAAAGGCCAGCCGGCCGCCAGCAACGAUGGUUACGAGGACAGCCAGGCCCUGACGAGGUACGAAGCCCUCCAGAAACUUGCUACUUUCUUCCAGCAGCAGCAGCAGGAAAACGAGAGUAUCGCUGAGGAAAACGCAGGACAGACUCCUGCAGGAACUGAAGUUCAACCAAGUCUGUGUUCAGCAGAGGAGCACACAAGUCUGGCGGCUGCAUUUUCGACUCGCCGAAGCAGCGAGCCAGAAGGGGAAUUCCAACUGAUGGACCUGAUCAUCCUGCCCCCCCCCGCACCCUUCGCCGACAGGGGGUGACUGGCCUGGCAGCCGGGCUCACGGGAGAAGUGGCCAGAACACGUUGGUGAUUCCAUCAGAUUAUCAUCUGAACCUUUCCGGACUUAUCCGCGUAUGGGAUGAAAGUAAAAUGCAUUACUUCAUUCGUGAACGUUCAAGAAAAAUAGAUUGCGUGAAGGUUUUUGAAUAGAGAAGUAGUGGAAAGAGUGACUGCCGGUCAGUUUUAAUCACUCACCACCACGAAGCAGUUUCCAAGGUUGAGAAGCCAGUUUUGCAGAACUUGGUUGCGUUAAGAGUGUCGGCAAGCUGAACUGUCAAACGUUGUCAUAAGCUGCUGAAGGUCGUCAUCGGGUUUAGAGCUGGUCAUCUUAGCUGGGUGCUGCAAGCGAAGUCCAUGUACUUAACCUUCAUGGUUACUGUAACUGUCUGAUCUCUGCAGUGUAAUGACGAGGGAGAAAAGGGUUAUUUUUCUAUAAAAAUCUUGAAUAUGGUAAUAAAGUAAUAAAAUAUGAUUCGGGUAAUCUAAAGGUUACCACAGAACAGAAGUUCUCUAGUUGCAGUUUCUGUGUUGGGGUUUUGAUUUGUUAGGAUUGGGGAUAAGUUCCAGGUUAGAUGCAGUGUAGGGUUUUGCACUGAUAUGUUGUGUGACGGCAUCAGUUUCAUCAAUGUCUCACUUAUACUGUGACCUAUUUGUCAAUAAAUGUCUUCGUUUAAAUCCUG